GGGGCCCGCCGGGAGUCAGCUGGGCGCGAGGGGAGAACGCGGCGGCGGCGGGCGCCGUUAGCACCGGAGCCGGCAGCGCGGACGGGCAGGCAGAAGUUUUCUCCGCAGAUCCCUCCCGCAGCCCGGGGACGCCUUGCGGAGGCGCGAACGUCCCUGUUCGCGUUGGUUUUAAUUUUUUCUUUUGUUAUUGCUGGUUUUGAGGCGCGUGGCUCCGAGAGCUCGCUCUCCCCCGCCCGCGCCCCACUCCACCGCGCCGCCCGGAGGAUCCCCCUCCCCGCCCGCGCCCCCGUCCCCGUCCGCGCCGCGCACGACCCUUCCCCCGACCCCUGAGCCCGCCCCAAACUUGGCGGGUGCGCGGCGCCCGGCGGGGACGGUGCCGGCCGCCUGCCCGCCCAGCAGGUCCUGGGAAGCAGUAGAUGUAAUUUGAAGAAAAUUUGAAGGAACAAAUGGCUUUAGCUGGCUGCCCAGACUCCUUUUUACAUCUUCCUUAUCGGAUAGACAAUGUAGAUCAGACUUCAGCUCAUGGUCGGCGGGAUCUGGUGGAACCGGGUUUCCAAGAACCAUCUAACCGCAUCUCCCUGAACCACCAAGAUGACGAUGUGGACCUGGAAGCUUUGGUAAACGACAUGAAUUCCUCAUUUGAAAGUUUAUACUCUACAUGCAGCAUGCAGUCGGAAACCGCUCCGCUCCUCCAGAACGGCCAGCUGAACCGCAGCCAGCUGCCCUCCUCGGGGCCCAGCACCCUGCAGCCCAUGUCCCCGAGGCAGAAGGUGCAGCGCUCCCAGCCAGUGCGCAUCAUGGCAGUCAGGCGUCUUCAGGAAGAGGAGCAGCAAUUCCGAACAUCAUCUUUGCCGGCCAUCCCAAACCCUUUCCCAGAACUUUGUAGCCCCGCAAGCUCUCCAGUGCUGGCCCCUGGAUCUUUACCUCAGAGUCAACCUGCUAGUAAGCAUGAUGUAAAAGUCUUUAGUGAAGAUGGAACAAGCAAAGUGGUCGAGAUUCUAGCAGACAUGACAGCCAGGGACCUCUGUCAGCUGCUCGUUUACAAAAGUCAUUGUGUGGAUGAUAACAGCUGGACUCUAGUGGAGCAUCACCCUCACCUAGGAUUAGAGAGGUGCUUGGAAGAUCAUGAGCUCAUAGUUCAAGUUGAAUCCACCAUGGGAAGUGAAAGUAAAUUUUUGUUCAGGAAGAAUUACGCAAAAUACGAAUUUUUCAAAAAUCCCAUGAAUUUCUUUCCCGAACAAAUGGUUGCCUGGUGCCAGCAAACAAAUGGCAGUAUCCCACAGUCACAACUUUUGCAGAACUUUUUAAACUCCAGUAGCUGCCCUGAAAUUCAAGGUUUCUUGCAUGUGAAAGAGCUGGGUAGGAAAUCAUGGAAGAAACUGUUUAUGUGUUUGAGGAGAUCAGGACUUUAUUGUUCUACAAAAGGAACGUCAAAGGAGCCAAGACAUUUGCAGUUGUUGGCUGACCUAGAAGACAGCAAUAUCUUCUCGUUGAUAGCAGGCAAGAAGCUAUACAAUGCUCCUGCAGAGUAUGGAUUUUGUAUAAAGCCAAACAGAGUGAGAAAUGAAACUAAGGAACUGCGGUUGUUGUGUGCUGAAGACGAGCAAAGCAGGACGUGCUGGAUGACUGCCUUUCGACUCCUCAAGUAUGGAAUGCUACUGUAUCAGAAUUACAGAAUUCCCCAGCAGCGAAAAGCCAUGCUUCCACACUUUUCCACUCCAGUAAGAAGUGUAUCUGAAAACUCACUAGUAGCAAUGGAUUUUUCGGGGCAAAUAGGAAGAGUUAUUGAAAAUCCUGCUGAAGCACAGAGUGCUGCCUUGGAAGAAGGACAUGCUUGGAGGGUAGCUAUCUUCUCUUCUUUUCUAUUUUUGCAAUCAAAACGUAGCACAAGAAUGAACAUCUUGGGUAGCCAAAGUCCACUCCAUCCUUCCACACUGAGUACAGUUAUUCAUAGGACACAGCACUGGUUUCACGGCAGAAUCUCUAGAGAAGAAUCUCACAGGAUUAUUAAGCAACAAGGGCUUGUAGAUGGAUUAUUUCUUCUCCGGGACAGCCAAAGCAAUCCAAAGGCAUUUGUACUUACGUUAUGCCAUCAUCAGAAAAUAAAGCAUUUUCAAAUCUUGCCGUGUGAAGAUGAUGGACAGAUAUUUUUCAGUCUGGAUGAUGGGAACACCAAAUUCAGUGAUCUAAUCCAGCUUGUUGAAUUCUAUCAACUAAACAAAGGAGUCUUGCCCUGCAAACUCAAACACCACUGCAUCCGAGUGGCCUUAUGACCUCAAAUCUGAUUCUUGCUGAAGACUGGAUUUGAUAGAAGAGUAAUUGUAAGAGAACGUUGACACUGGGGAAUUGGCAGAUUUGUAAGUUGGUUAAAAAAAUAAAUAUUAUGCACCUUGGGACUCUGAAAGGGAUGGAUUCGACAGGUGCCAACAGACCAAGAUUGCUGGUUUGUCUAACACCUAAGAGUGAUUGCUGCUGAGUGUCCCAGCAUCCCAAAACUGGGGGGAGGGUCUGUAAAACAAUGAGUAAAUUUGAAACAAAACUGGAAAAUAUCUUGGCUGGGCCACUUAACAGGAACAAGUGUGAAGAGAAAUCUUUGAAAAGAACUCUUGCCCUGGAAUAAUCUUGACAAUUAAGACUAGUGUGUUUACUUUUUGUAUUGAUCACUUUUUUUGCACUCCUACUUUGUUUCGGAUAUUGUAUGCAGCCUAUAUUAGGAGCUGAUGUGGCUUUUAAAAUUCAUGCAGGAGUUGGGUAUUAAUCUGCACCCUAAAAUGUAUGGAAUGCUUCAGCCUAAAAGGAUCUAGAAGAAAAUCAAGAAGUGUGUGUGUGCGCGCGCGUAUGUCUCAGUACUUCUCUGGAGACCUGAGGUUCAAUGAUCUGCCGAUGUCUUUGAAGAAGCAAUGAGGAUACAAUUCUAAAAGAACAUACCACCAAUAUACGUACUCUUAAAACUGUUGACUUGUAGCAUUAUGGCUGUAGUAUGUUGAUGGCAUAUUAGUGGCAUCCAGUCAUGCAGAGACUGUAUUAGAUUCUAUGCACAAAUUUUUAUUAUUGGAGUGGUGGUUUGUUUUUUACAGCCUUUUGACUGUUUUCCUGAGGAAACUUACUGUUACUAAAUAGAGUAGGACUGAAUGACUACACUUGUAUUUGAAACCACCAUUUUUUGUGAGAAGAUUCUUCUGCAGGUAGUCUUAGUAUGACAAAAUAAAAAAAAAUUAAAACCAGUGUUUUUAGCUUUAUAGCUCCUUGAAUUUUCAGACUGUUUCAAAGAGCUCUUUCGAUAGAGUAAAGCUACAGUGACACAACACUCUCCUGGGGAUAGGGCAUAAGAAGAACUGAACCCCUUCUGCUUCUUGUAGGGUAGUGAAAGUUUACAUGGUGAGAAGGAACAUGCUGGGAAUAGAAACAGGUUUGUAAAGUAACUGCUGGCAAUAUCAUCCAUUGAGGUAACAGGUGAUCCCUGUGUCAUGUGUGCUACUGCACACCAGUACCUGUGGCAGACAAGCAUGUAUCUUGCUCUGGUUUGUCAUCAGAACUACUUUAUUGUUAAUGUUUAAAUGAAUUCUUUAAUGUUUACUCAAUAAUUCUUUCUGAUGAUAAAUCAGUAUUAAAGUCAGACAAGUCCCACAUUGAUCCUGCAGUUGCAACCAACCAUUCCUUCAGCAACUGUCUGAAAUGAAAUAACUUCCCGGUGCUUGGUGCCAUUUGCCACAGUGAGAAGUAUUCCACCCUGGGAACUUGCAGAGUGUAGUGCAGAAUGGAGCAUUUGUAAAAUGGUAAAUUAUCUACACAGGCUAGUUAAUCCUUAAUAUUUGCCACUGGGUUUGAAAUCCUAGCCAUCUGAAAGGGUAAAGAAGGAAAACCAAUCCUACACUUUUAGGUCUUCAUGUAGUGUUAAGAAUAGCUUAAGACAAACCAUAACCUGCCUGAGUCGUCCAUAUCAGCUUAAACUAUGUCAAUGGUAUAGAAACACUGUAUUUUAGUUUACAGAACACAUUUAGUAUUUUUUUCCAUUUAAUGUCUAGAUACUAAAAAUGAAGAAACUUGAUUUUGUUUUUAGUAGAAGCUGUUUUUGUUCUGUUUUGUUUUGUUUUGCUUUUUUUAAUUGUACAUAGUGAAAUGAGUGUUCCUGCUUUCUAGACAAUGUAUUUUAAAACCUUGAAAUUAAGCUAACUUAAGUCUGACUUCACUUUGCAUGCUUCUAUUUGGCCCCUAUUAGGAGAAAAAAGAUACUUGUAUUGACUACAUUACCAGUUUAAUAAGACCAUUUAUGCUGUAGUUUUAAGUUUUUCUGUUUACAUAGCUUAGUGACAACCAUGCAUUUUUCCCAGUAGGCAGAUAGUAUUUGCAGUGUUUCAUAUUUAUAAAAAAAACAAACUUUGCAUCUUAUUUAAAUUGAGAAUAAAAGUUUGACUAUGAACCAUGAUUUUUGUAUGUAGAUGGUUGACUUAGUAUUUUGUACUCUUCCCAGCUAAAGUGAGCUGUUUUGAGAAAGUGACCACCUUCAAAGUGGCAACAAUCUUACUUAAGCAGAUCACUGCUUUGUCUUCUUUCUGCUGGAAAACAGUCAAUGCCACCUUAGUUUUCCAACAGAUUCAGCUGGCUGCCAGCUCAGAAUACCAAGGACUGAAGGACAUUUGACUCUUAUUUUUGUAUUUAAAUGACAUGAAUGUAAAGGGGAUGCUCAGGGUUGUUUUGGAGCCUGUUGAAUUUUUAUCUUUUUGCCUGUGAUUUUAUUUUCUAAAUAAAUACUUCAUGUAGCAAUCUUGAAUAUGUUGAGAAGGAAAAUGCCAAACCAUUUUGGUAAUGAGGUUACUAGUUAAGUUAUGUUACGAUAGGUGUUAAAGUACAAAAAACUUUUUAUUUGUUAAUUAAUCUUGAAGAAACACGUGCCUCAGUUUAGAUGUUUUGUCUUAUCUUUUCUGCACUAAAUACCUGACAGUUUGACCAAUCAAUGCACCUUUCCAGUGGCAAGACUUGCUUAUCGUAAAUUAUAUUGUCACAAUGCAAGAUUUCGUGACUGUAAAAUGGAAUAAAGUUUAAAGUUUCAGGGAAUGCAAAAGGUAUUAACUUAAGAGACAAAACCUUUAUUCAAUAUGCUUUGCUUCAUACUGUAAAUAGCUUUUUGGCUUGUGAACCUAAUUGUAAUCUUUCAGGUAUUUUUGUACAAAUAAGGGACUGAUAUUCUGUUUCUUGUAAUUAGAAAUAAACGUUAAUACAAUGCUAUUCAUUUUA